CUAGGAGGGGCGGGACUCUGCGCGGUGGGGGCGGGGCCUAAGGAAGACGGUGGGCGGAGUAACAGUGGAGGCGUUAGAGGGGCCGGAUGGUUGCACGCUGCAAAUUCGUAACGGAAACUGCUAGUAUGGAUGAUUUACAGUAUGACUUGAACUUAUCUGGGACCUUGUACCCCCGCUGCGGUGGAGGCAGCAGCUGGUACGGAAGAGAACUGGCAGUUUUGGCAGUGUCAUGUUAGCCACGCUGCAAAGUAUCCCUAGACAAUGCAGGUUUGUUUCAGAAGACUGAACAGCAAGCCCAAGUCUCGCCCUGUUUGUGACGCUUCCAGGAGGAGACAAGCUGACAGUGUCCUUGAGACAGAACCUGGAUUUAGCUCCCCUGAGAAGACGCCACGUGGGAAGGCCAUGGGCAGGGUCUUGGGAAGAUGGUUGAAUUUUGCAUGCCAGAGGUGUCCUCGGAUUCAGAUGUCUAUGAGACUGCAGGUGAUUCUUACACACCGUGAGAUGAUCCUGUGUCUGAGAGGGGGAUGAGUGUACAGAUCUGGCCAUGCCCUGCUCAGGGAUAGACCACGUACACCACGGUGGUCCCGUGGAUUAUGUUGCCUGGCGAUGUCAUAGCCCUGGUGAUUGGCGUCGGUGACACUUUGUGACAUUCUCACAAUGACAGAGUUACCUAACGAUACAGUUCUGAGUGUAACUCAGACGUGUGACUGCAUUACUGCAGGGUGGAAAUUCACAGGAAUUCGGAGGGAAAUAUUUUAGCGGUCAUUAUUGGAACUCCUAGUCAGAUCCACUCAGCAUCACCCCGGAGUCCUCCUGGCGGAAGCCCGCGCUGGCCCUGAGCCUGCCGUGCCUCCUUCAAAUAGGCUGGUGCACCCGGGCUGGGAGAGCUCACUCAGCGACGGCGCACACAGGAAGUCGUGCAGGAUGAAGAUGUUUCUGCUCCUCAUCAUCACCGGGCUGAUUUUCUGCUCAGAGGCCUCCCCGCUGCUCCUGACGGAAAAGCAGGCGAAGCAGCUCCUGAGAUCCCGGAGGCAGGAGCGGCCCCGCAAAGCUGGCUUCCGUGAUGAGCCCAUGCGCGAGUACAUGCUGCACCUGUUGGCCCUGGAGCAUCGCGCUGAAGAGCAGUUCCUGGAGCACUGGCUGAACCCACACUGCAAGCCCCACUGUGACAGGAAUCGGGUCCACCCCGUGUAGGGGGCUUGGGCCCAGCCUGCAAGCAUCGUGAUAGGCAAUGGCCUGGACAAUCCAAAACAGGAUAAACUUCUCCUUUCAUUUGUUUGCAAACUGUGGAGAUGGAUUUCUGCAGACCUUGUGAACUGUUGGGUGUGCCAAAGCUUGCCUUGGGGAUGGCAAAUAUAUAUGCCGCUUCAUUACACUAACCUGCAUGAGUCUUUGCAAUUAAUAGCUUUAAGUGUGGCUCCCAUUGCCCUCAAACAUCUUCCUACUGACUCAUCAGGCUGGGCAGACACAGAUUCUUCCCUGGGGCUGACAGAGCUGGGAUCUCUGGACCAGGAGCCAGGGCAGCUGCCUGGCCAUGACUUCCCUGCAAUGAGGCACAUCACGUGGGGCCACUGAGUUUAUGGUCAAGUAUUUUUCUCUUUCUGUCUCUGUCCUAAUAAAUGCUGAUGUCAAACCUGC